AUGAGCGAGAAGCCGGUAGAUGGCGGCAUGGUCGGACCGACGUUCGCAGCGAUCAUAGGGCGCCAGUUUAAGAACCUGCGACACUCCGACAGAUUCUGGUAUGAGACGCCGGAUGAAAGAAUUGGUUUCACACCAGCACAAAUAAACGAGCUGAAGAAAAUCACCCUGUCAAGGAUUCUCUGUGACAACACCCAUAUCCCACACAUCCAGAAGGAUGUUUUCAAAGUUCCAAGUCAAUGGAACCGUGUUCUGGACUGCCGGUCUGCUGCCAUUCCCGUCCUGAAUCUGAGCCUGUGGAAGGAGAACGUCUUCGUGGUGUCGUGA